AUGGCAGAAACAGGAGUUGCCUUCUCUGGAGGUGGUAUCCGUUCAGCGGCCCUAUGCUCUGGUGUUCUGCGCAGGCUUUUACAGCGCAACGCCAAGAUCGACUACCUAAGCUGCGUGUCGGGGGGAGGUUACACAGGCACGGCCUACCUGGACUGGAAAUACAGACAUGGAAAGAAAGACGAUCCAAAAUGGCACACAGAGUUCUUUGAUCACAUGAGAGAGAGGGCUGGAUUAAUGUGCAACUGGCAGAAAACACUGAGCGGAAUGUUUGACACCAUAGUGCUGCUUUUUUUAAUGCUUUUUGUUUCAGUUAUAAUGCCCACAAUCGUGUGGGGAUCGUACGUUUGCCCCCUUGCUUACGUCAUCGAUUUCAUAUUUGGAGAUCUGCUGCGAGCCGAGGACGAAGAGGAGGAAGAUUGCGAAGAUCGCAGAGCAAGCCCGAGGAGACAGGGGCCAAUUGCAGGAGGAAAUGCCACAGCUGGCGAACGAAGGCCUCGGUGUCCUAUACAGCCUGGAUCUAAGGCCUAUACAAGGGUGGUUCUGUUUUCUGUUCUAGCAAUCCUUUUCAUUGCUCUCUAUUUGGCAGCAAAAAGAUCAAAAACUGCUUUGUCAUCAAAGCUUUACAUCGUCUCUGCCAUUAGCGGUCUAUUACUCGCCUUCACGUUUAUUCCGUUCUUUAUCUAUUACUUCUUUAACUUGACUCCUGCUUGGAUGCAACUCAUAAUCUUUGUAUUUUCUAUUUUUGUGUGGUUUUUCUUCCCGGUUCUUAGAGGCAGAUCGUCCCUAGUUCUAGUAAUUUAUCUCUAUGCUUACUUCGUGUAUUGGAAGGUUUUUGAAGCCACUGUAUUUGGUGUGGAGUACUCUGAUCAUCGUUUCUAUUCACUCCUCUUUACUUCUGGCAUCGCUCUGUAUUUUGUCCCAGCCUUAGGAGCUAUUCAGCAGCGACUCGUUCAUGUCUUCAACAGGUAGGCGUGAAAUUAACUCAAGCCGAAACUUUUAGGACGUCGUUUACAGCUUAACAGAGAAAGGUUGUCGAAAAACAACGUUUAAGUGCAUGUGACAACCCUGAAAGGCAAUGUGGGUAUUUUUCAGGUCACGAUUCCUUCAGCUUAAGCUUUCAGGGAAAUCUGAGAAAACGUCACUGUAAGGACAAGGCAUAGCGGGUUUUGAUGAACUUAUUUAUUUAUUUCACUUGGAUACCCAGAUUACCUUUCCAGAUUGUCACGUGCACCUUUGUCCUUUUUUCCCCCGAUCUUUCUCGAAACAGCUGUAAAUCAAAACGCGGCUUUGAAAUCAACACACAUCAGGACCUAGAAGCGGCAUCAUUGAGUUGCAAACAAAGUUACGACCUCCAAAGUAUGAGCCAAGGGCCUCUUUAAACGAACCUUAGGUUGAAUCACUGCAAACAGUGCUAAUAAUGGGCCACUUUCCUCGAACUCAGGUUGUCAGUUUUCACUAGCUAACACUUUGCGUGAAGACUAACCUUGGUCAUCCUUUCCAUCGAUCAAAACACGAAAAACGGUGACUAUAGAGGUUAAAAAAGCUUAAAGUAAGUUCAAAGGACGGUUAAAAGUUAUGGUAUAGAGACAGUGAUACAUUAGAAAAGGAAAAUAAAUGUAGUUAUUUGAGAAAAAGUGCAUAACCAGGAUACUUUUUGGGCUCCCUUUUGCAAGAAAAACUUUAGAAAACUCAAACGUUCUUAGCAGGUCAACCAAGUCUCGCGAAAGGUUUCCCCGGCAAGGAGGUAAGGGAGGGGGGGUGGGGUAGCGCGAUAAGGCGAUCUGGCUAGUCAUUAGGAUCUCACUGAAAAAGAUUCUUACGAUACUGGUAAAAUUGAAUCACAAAUCAUCUACAAUUGAAUGGUUCUCAUAGGUGAGAUCAGCUACUCACAUCUAAUCAAUUGAAUUUUGCCUCUUAGGUGGAAGCUGCAGAGAGCUUUCUACACAAACGCCAGUGUGGGUUUAUCAGGAUGCGGCGGAAUUGGUAUGGAUGACCUUGUUUUAAGAACCUUUUUCACCAGGCCGAGUAAGCACGAGCAACUUGCUGAUAAUGAGCAAGGAGCUUUGACCCUUGGUGACCUGGAAGGAAUCAAACCGCAGUACUUGUCGAACAUUGUUGUUAAUGAAUGGCUUAUCGGUGAGAGAGAGGAAGAGUUGAAAUACGAACUUCUAGUGAUGUCGCCAACAGAGAUAGAACGCUUGGAUAGACGACCAGGACAAGAUCAGUUCGAAGGAAAACUUGAACCUCAAGACAUUAAGCUGUCGACCGCCAUGGCAACGUCCGCUGCUGCAGUUGCUCGACACAUGGGCGCCUAUCAAAAGUCAACUGAGAGCAUUAAGCAAUUGCAAAUCGUGUUGGGUCUUGGAAUGGGUGCAUCCAUGAUUUCGGACUGGGAAGGUGCAAUGAAAGAAAACUGUUGUUGGAGGGUAAGCAUUUGUGGUUGGUAAAUAAAUUCAGCAGUUAAAUACCUCAAAAUAUAAAAACCCGCAUAGCCUUCAAUACAGCUAUUCCAAUAUAUAAGAUCUUGUCUGGCCUUGACUUCCACAAAUUUGGUUCUUGUAGGCGUGUUUCUGUGCGCUUGAUGGAUUCUGAUAGAAACUCUAAUGAGGAGAAGCCCCAGAUUUUACGAGUUUGUUUUGUAUAAUUCUAGGAUGUGAGCAUCCUUUUUUCGGAUCGUAAGCACUCUGACGAAGGUGAUACUAUUUUACAAAGUGGUGCUCUCCUCUUGGAAAUAAAUUCCAAUGGCCCCUUCGAUGUAGUGGUCAUAAUUUGCUUCAUUUAAGAGAGAAUUUUUUCUUGUUUCAUUUGCAGAUGCUACCCUUUCUUGUCGAGGUUCUGCGAGGUCUCCCCCUGGUAACCUUUCCACUUGUAUACUUUGCCGGGGGUAGCGAGACGUGGGUCGCCAUUGGCGUUUUGAUUUUCUUCAUCGUGCUUCUAGUGUUCGUAUUUUUUGCUGUGAUGAAGACUGGACGUCAAAACCCAAACAAACUCGAACUGGUAGCAAGGUAAGAGUAAAAUUUCCAAUCAUUUAUGGUCGAAUGAGUUACCAAGGUAUAUAUACGAUGCUUGUCAUAUAGGAACCUUACAAUGGCUUGGCUUAUCUUUGAGUUCUCUUUAACUCAGUGGUAGAAAGUCAGGCACGAGUCUUCCACGAAUUAUCGAACCUCAACACUUUGGAAAGGGAUGAGGUUCGAUUCUCUGUAAGGAUUCACAUUUUUACUUUGUUCCUCGCAAGUGACAAAACAAAUUAUAAUAAUUGUACCAAAGCGUUGUUUCUCUUUCUUCGGCAGAUGGUUUAUCACCAAUAUCGCGUUCGUCCGCUUUAUUCGUGACUUGUUGGUUGUUGCCAACGAAGGCCCCAUGCCCCCUCCUAUCUUACGCUUAAGUGAUGGCGGCCACAUCGAAAAUCUUGCCAUUCUUCCUCUCCUAAAGAAACGCUUACCCAAGAUUGUUGUUGUGGAUGGUGGCCACAAGACUAAUGACAUAGAAUGGGGAGAAAGCUUACUAGACGCCUUGGAGUUGGCUCGUAAGAAGCUGCACUGUUCCUUUAAUGGCAUGGAUGGCCGUGACAUUAUUGAAGAUCUAAAGGAGAAUUUUAUUUAUACACCAAAGGGUCACCAGCCAAGGAGCUACAGGUGAAGAAAAACAAACAAAAAAGGCACUCGUCAGCACAGCUUAUCUUUCUUUUGGAGACAAAUUAAAUCUAUUUGAGCCAACAAUGAUGAUGAAUUACCGCCCCUGUUCGCAAGUGAGCGCUUUCUAAUUCAUGAUGGAAAACGGUGGCUCCGUUUUUUGCUCAAAAGUUUUAAAGUUACAAAAAAUAAUUCCAUUCUAGCUGCAUUGUUUUGGUGGGCUAAUAUUUCUGGGUUCUUAGUUAUGCGUCAAAGACUUCAGUGUGAAGGGGAGUAAGUUUCUGAAGAAACUGUGAUGCUGCGUUGGUGGAUGAGUAUAACAGGGUAAUAAAGUAUUAUAAACUGAGUUGAUGACGUCAAUUGGCCACCGUAAAGAGUUUCAAAUGCUGAUGUUUCGAGCGUUAGCUCUUCGUAAUUCGCUCUGACAAAGCGCUAACGCUCGAAAAGUCCGCUUAGAAACUCUUUCCGGUGGCCAAUUUACGUUAUCAACUCAGUUGAUAAUACUAAGUUACAGUGUUAAAGCCCUGCGAAUUCCGAUAGUCAGUUAAUUCUUGAAAAGUCAAAAUGAAUUACCAAAGGUUCACCGCAAUGUAAUGUAACAAAUAUCACAACAAAGAAACAAACAUUAUCGACAUUACUUAAGAUCUUAACUUAACAUAAUCAAAAAUAUUUUAUUUUGAUAUCGACAGGUUUAAAGUUACUUACUAUGAAAAAGAAGACGAAUACUCAAAGGGAACCAAAGUUGGCGAGGGUGAAAUUCUCCUCAUUUCCCCAAGACAUCCUGUUAAAGGUGUUCGGAAAGAAGAACCAGUGCCAUGGAAGGACGCUCUACGUGACAUAGACGUAGAUCUCGAAGCGGCUAAAUGGGGAGAGAGUCCUCAGCAAGAUGCCGAUGAAGUCGACGAUUUAACCUUUUGUUGCUGUGAGAGCUGUCAUAGUUUCAAGUGCCAAAAGUUGUCGAAUUACCUAUGCGGUGUCUUCCCACAACACAUCACGGCCAAUCAGUUUUUCACUCCCCGCAUGUUCGCUGCGUACCAUCGAGAAGGAUACAACGGAUGCGUAGAGGCUGAAGCCGCUGAAUUCCUGGCUGCUGACAUCCAGAUCGAGGUGACAGAUACGGCUUAACUUCAAAUAAGAAUCCGAUAAAGUCGGCAGUCACUUAAAGAGUAGUUAAUAGUUAAGAUUCGUGCCAUUUUAAGGGAGGAUAUCUUGUUUGACUAUGUCUUAUAGACCGUUUGAAUUUUGAACGUUGACGAUGUUCCUGUCUAAAUUGAAGGCUACCCUUUUUAAUGGGGGCCAGGAUGCAAAUGUGAUCCGGUUCUUAUUACAAAGUAUAAGGGUUUGGCGUAGUAACUGUUAAAGAGCGAGAUAUCAUCUCUUAACAGGACUGAAGAUAUUUAGAAAACUAUGGGAAGACAAGUUAAACCAUAAAACUAUGUUCUCUUGAUUAAACUAAUAGAGCCGCUGAUCAUUACGAAGUUUGAUCGUUGUUUUUAUUAGCAAAAGCGCGUUGUACGCGCAACAACCCAAUCAGAGUUAUCAAGAUCUAAUUAAUUGCCUUACUUAAAUUUCGCUUCCAUAGAGAGGCCUUGUAGUUCAGUUUUGCUCUCCUCAAUAAGAUAAUACCGUGGGGAUGGACUGUAAGCGUUGUACAUAUGAUCGCAAGGUAAAACAUCCGCCUCAUUCAGCAUUGACAUAAAACUCUAUUACACGUGGAGGCAAUUUGAAAAGUCCUCAGUGUCAGUUCCUAAAGGUAAUAUCUAUCGAUCCUUAGUGUUCAGUUUACCUCGCGAUGGUCUAUUCCGUUUUAGAGAAACUUUCAAGUUGCUAAGUUCCGAUCUGUGUUAAUUAUUCAAGCUGCUUCAUACAAACUGGUAUUUUCAGGGUUAUAUUUUAUUUAGCUUAAAUUGUAUCAUGACACCAGUAUCGCUAAACUAAGAAUUGCAUGAAAAUACCGAUGGAGCGAAAAUUAUUUCAAAAUAAAGGUGGGGUUGAGCUAUGGUUGUGUGGGAUCUUAUUUGGAUUAAAUUGACGGAGUAAAAGUUUGGGAAUGGAAAUGAGAGCAAGGG